CAGCUCCCGGGUCCGCAGACAUAGUUCAGCACUUUAAUUAAGAGACGGGCGCCGGUUUCGAGUGCGUGCCGCCGCUCCUACGUUGGAUUACCAAUGUACUACUCCGUACACUGCCACAGCCCUCAUAGUGGCACCCAAAACUCCGCAGUGAUGCGUAGCUGCAGUGCCGAGCAACAUUUGGUAAGCCGAUCGAUUAUCGAUGUUUUACACCCUUACGAGUUACGACAUGCGAGACUCGUCUCAUGGGUAAUGGACUCAUGGAGGCGCCCGUUGAUCGACAUGUCACCCCGCAAUUCCCCUCACUGCUCAGUGAACCCAUCAUUGCCAUCUUUACCAUCUUUGACUACCUUGGGCUACCUUAGGUAAGCUACUGUUCCUGAACCCCUGAAUGACUGCCUGAACUAUUGCGCGAUGCCCCACGAUGCGCCACCACCAAAACUCGACGAACCUCAUCUGCUCAUGUCCACAACCUUCAACAUGAUGAGGGAAUAAGCGACGAGGCUAGGCAGAUGUCAAAGAAUAACCUCCACAACUUCAACAUGUGUUCGCUGUUUUCUGUUUAGCCUCGUCAGGCUGAAUACUUAGUCGCGACUUAAACCCUGUGAUUGAGCGCGACUAGUGGCCGUUGGCGGGCCAAGAGCCAAUAGUGAGGCUGUUUUCAUCCUUCAUGAGGAGGAGCUGAGAAGGGAGGCUCACAACUGAGGGGGAACUGCGAGACACUCGAUCGGAUGACUCAAGCUCGGCUUCAAGAGCUGGAAAUAACGGGAUGAGAGGGAUAAAAGGCUGGUAUUCAGACUUGUCGACUUCUCACAUUACAUAGGUUUGGUCUCAUCAAUCUGAAUAGAACUUCACUUUCUAUACUCACUUAUCUGAUCAAUCACCAUGUCUCGCUUGCCUCCUGCCGAGAAACUCCCUCUCGCCGUGCGGAAGAACAUCCGCGAUGAUUGGGAGAACAAGAGAGAAGACUUCCAGAAGCAGCUCUCUGACGUCCUGGGCACAGAGUGGACGCUCAAGGACAUCAGCCCUGUCGCGCUUUACCCUUACGCCGAAGAGAGUUACGCCAAAGAGCGCCUGGGAAGCUGCAUCGAAAGCUAUGUCGAAUCAGCAAUCUAUAACCUCAAGCAAUUUGUUGAAAAAUACGGCGAAGACGGCAAAUCCGAGCUCAACUCCAUCUGCCACGCUCGCUCCCUCACCAUCGACCUCGACGACCGCCCCGAGGAAAAGCGCGUCUCCUACUGCGGCGUCAUCGUCAAGGAGGGCGGCGUGCUGGCGAUCGUCUUUUCCGAGGGAUGUCUAGGCGUCAACGUCUACUCCGCCGUCGAGACGCAGGGUCUCCUGAGCGCCUUGAAUGCCGCGCCUCCCGCACCGGGAUCCGCCGCGUCCAUGAAUUUUGCGGCGCGCACCUCCGUGAGGCGGGACUAUGAUCCGCAGAUCGAGGAGACGAGGAAGUCGUUUGCGGAUAUGCUCGAGAGGCCUGAGAUUAAGCUGUGUCCCAAUUUUGAGGCCAAUUUUGAAAAGAUGAAAGCGGCGGCGGCAACGAACGGGAGCGAGGUGAGGAGUGAUUGGGAGGCGAACAUUGGUGCUUUUACGAGAAUGUACUUUGAGGGGAUGAGGUCUCAGAUGAGGUAUCAAAAGUUUGACGAUGAUGAUAUGUUGAGGGAGGGGUUUAAUGAGGCUGCUGAGAAGGGGGAGAUUCACUUCCGGAUUGUGGAUAAGAUGGCGUAUGCGACGUACGGGGAGGUUGUGUUGGAUGAUGGGCUUAUUUGUCUCCAGACCCAGGCGCAUAACUUUGGAACGAAUGUCGAUUACGCGGCAGAGAAGCUCUUGGACCAGCUCUAGACGGCUGAGUGUUUGUAUGUGCUCAAGUUGAGCCAACGGGGCCAGGGAUAUUUGUAAAGUUCAGACUCAGCAGUUCAGGCAGUCAGCACUUCUUACCACCUAUCAUGUCAAACGCAGCCAACUCGAGCUCCACAACGGUGAGACCAAGGUCGCCGGUAUAGAUAGGAGAGCGGCCAACAGACGGGUUCUCCAACAGGCCGGUCCUCCAACAAGGUGACGCCGAUUAUCGAGGCAAUUAAACAACAGAACAACCUUUAUCCCUACCUCUCUUACGAUUCUCAUCACUACCUAUAUUCCUCCCUCUAUCCCUCCCCUUACUACAACUUCUACCUCUAUCAUUGUUCUCUACUUCUCGGAGUAUAUUCUAUAAGUAAUAC